AUGUUGGGGGUGCCAUUAAUUUUCUUGCAAAAAAGGGAGGAAGAUUUAAAAAGAAGAAAUGAAAUUUGGGAGCAAAAGAAGAUUGGCGUGACCCCCUUAAAAAAGGUCGUGGAUUUGGAGAGACUGAAGGAAUUGGUCACUAUUGGGUUUGAAAAGGAGCUCGCUGCUGAAGCCCUUAAGAGAAAUGAAAACGAUACUCAGAAAGCAUUGGAUGAUUUGAAGAAUCCAGAAACCAAUUCUGAUUUACAGGAUAAUAUCGAGUCAAGGAAAAGGAAAAGACAGAAACAAGCAAAAGAUUCUGCAAUUGAAAGAGUUGUGCAAAUGGGGUUUGAAAGAUCAAGAGUGAUUGCUGCUUUUGAGGAAGACGACAAGUUAGACAAAGUAUUCCAAAGACUGAGAGCACAACCUGCGGUGGAAAAUAUGUAA